CAGAAGAGUAGUCUAAAAUCUGGGUGUGCGCUCGAAAUUGGGAAAUAAUUUUAAAUUCUAUUGUAGAUGUUAAGAUCUGUUUGAAGUGCCGCGAUCCGGUGUUGUAUUUGGAAAGUGCCAACAUGGCUGUAUAUGAGUCAUUGAAGUCAGCUGCAAAAACAUCGUUGUUCUUUGCAUUAUUCUGUGCGCUACUGCCAGUGUUCCUUAUCAGUUAUGCAAUUGUUUCAACGACAAGGAAAUUAUGGAUUGCGUUUUUGGCAAAUCGAUAUCCCUACCUUAAAUUCGCUAAAACAAACAACAUUCGAAGUUUAGUUGACACCUCACGGAAUCCAGGAGUAUUCCACGUACUAUUACAAGUUGAAGGAAAUUUAAAAUAUAUUUAAAUAGGAUAUUGCGAUACACAUGCGAUCAAAGCGAAGUUCAUCGAUCACGUGCUUGGUAGACGAGACCAAGCCAAUCGUUUGUGCUUUCCACGGUUGAAAUUUCCACUUAUUUCUUGCUGGGGACAAUACGCGUUUGUAAAGAAGACUAAAGAUUUCAACAUCGACAAUCACAUAAUUCUGUCUCCAUCUUUACAUCGAGGUAGACCGCUAACGGAAGCGAAUUUGCAGGAUUAUGUGAGCGAGAUCAUUUCUAAGUACAUGCCGCCGGAUAUUCCACCAUGGCAGAUAUUCUGCAUUCCUAUGAUUUCUGGAAAUCCUGCUAGUGGUUCAGCAGAGUGUGACAGUGGAGCCCCCUAUUAUUAUCUCCUUUAUAGAAUACACCAUUUACUUUUGGAAGAACAGAACAGUCUCAGGAUUUCGGAUCUGCUACUAAUCGAUGCUCAUAACAGUUUCGGAGUAAAUGAAGGAACAGUUUCGGAAUGUAAUUCGAUAUUCGCUAAUUUGAUGGAAGGACCUGUUCAUUUACAACGAAUUUGGAGAGAUUUAUGCAGUACGAUUACUAACAGAUGGAAUGAAUUCGUGUACCAACAUGAUCCAUUGGAAUCACCGGACAUUGAACGCAAACAUAUUGCCGGUAUCAAACAACUGAUUUCGGUUAUAUUGAUAGGUGCGGUGAACGUGGUUUCUGAUUUUUGGAAAGUUUUUUGGAAGAUCUCGGAUAGUCCUUUAAUGAAAAUUGAUAUCUUAAAAUCAUUAAUCGAUCGUGAAAUUCAAAAAAGAAAUCUCAAUCUAGGCACAAUUUGGAAUGCCAUCAUUCUUUCGUUAGAUCCUAUCAAUGUGAUAAAGGAGUUGACAUUUAUCAUAUGGAAAAUUGGAGCUACACUGACGCUUAUGGUGCCGUGGUACGUGUUUAGAGAAAUCGAAGCAGCAAGGAUAUAUAUUUUGAUGAAGAAACUCAAACGGAACACUCUGGUUGGAUUUCUUCUCGAAUAUGUGCCAUUUUUUUGUGGCGGAUUAAUGGAAUAUUGGAAAGGAUGUAAACUAUUGUACACAGCUCCCAAGAUUGUAUACGAAGAAUUAUUCGAGUACCGAUCUAGUAUAGAACAUUAUCUACAGAAUGUAUCACUUUGUGGAAGAAAAGUUGUCUCGUGGUCCGAAAAGAUAAAAACCGAUGAUCUCAGAGUGAACUUUGUAGAACAAGUAACAACCAAAAAAUCAGGAACAACACACCAGAAAGUUAUAUCCCGACCACCCAGUGAAACCGAAAUUCUUUUAGCCAUCAUGUCGAAAUCGUUACAUGCGCUAUGCCAGGAAGGUGAUGGAAAAACUCCUGCUCAGGUCCAAAUUAGUGCCCGUUGCAUGGUGGAGGAUUAUUUACUUGGAUCUACGCAUUAUUUUGCCGGAAACAGUGGAUUUGUCUCGUUAAAUUUGCCCAUGGUGAUGGACAACAGGAAACUUCUCCGAGCAAUUCGAACAUCUAUAACAAAGAUGCGCAAGCAGCAAGGCAUGCUCAAUUUUUUAACCGUAGUACAACUGAGAAACGACUUUCUGACAGAUGCUCUUCCGGUGGUUGUAAUGAAACUAUUGAUGAAUUUUCUCUCCAGACGAUUCGCUUUGACAGUCACGGAAGUAAUCGAAAACUAUCCUGCUGGCGAACGAAAGAAUUUAUUGGGACAUACUAUAAAGGAUUUAAUUUACUUUAGGCCACCUCAAUCGAAUACCAGUGUUUCCAUUACGAUACAAACAUUCAACGGAGAAGUUCGGUUUGCAUGUAUGGCCGAUUCAAAUAUAAGUCCAAAGCACCUUGCUUUGACUUCCAGUUUUCGGAAGCAUUUGAAUGAUUUAAUUUGAAAGGAUUACAGAACGGAUUCUUUAUUUUUAAACCAAUAAACAAAA